AUGGUCCAACCAAAGAACGCCGACUCGAAAAUUUUCUCGCAGCUGCGCAUCGCCAAUGGCGAUAUUAAACUAAACCACAGGAUCAUUCUUGCACCUCUGACACGGAACAGAAAUGUGCCAUGCAUACCCAAAGAUCCGUUGGAGCCAGUCCGCACCUGGUGUCCUGAUGAAGUUGUGGUGGAAUAUUACAGACAACGCACUACAGAAGGUGGACUACUGGUUUCGGAAGGCAUCAAUCCAAACCAACAAGGAGGUGGUAUGCCUGGAACACCCGGUCUAUGGCUGCCUGAACAUAUCGCUGGAUGGAAGAAAGUCGUCGAUGCGGUACACGCGAAGGGCGGUUAUAUCUAUUGUCAAUUGUGGCAUCAGGGAAGGACUACAAUCGAGCACAUGACGGGAAUGUGUACGGUAAGCCCAUCGGGCGUAGCAUGGAAUGAUCCUGAAGAGCUGUAUCCAUAUCCAGUCAAGGGCUGCAGGGGCGAGGGUGAGAGUCUGAAGCUGGCGGACUAUACAUCGAUCGAGAUGACCGUCGAUAUGAUCAAGGAUACUAUCAGCGACUUCUGUGAGGCCGCGAGAAGAGCUGUGGAGGAGUGCGGCUUCGAUGGUGUGGAGGUCCAUGGGGCGAACGGAUAUCUCCCUGAACAAUUUUUGAGUGAUAAUACCAAUCUCCGGACUGAUCAUUACGGAGGAACCCCACAAAAGGCUUGCAAUUUUUCGUUGGAGCUGAUGGAAGGUCUUGCAGGCACUGUUGGACAACAGAAAGUAGCCAUCAGACUAAGUCCUUUCGGCAUGUACAACCAAAUUCGAGGAACGAAGCGCAUGGAAACUUUCACGCAUCUUUGCAGACAGCUCAAGUCACGUCUUCCAAACAUGUCAUACGCAUCGUUCAUCGAACCACGGUAUGAACAAGUCUUCAGCGCCAACGAAAAAGACGCAUUUCUAAGAUCUUGGGGGCUUGCGAGCGUAGAUUUGUCUAUAUUUCGAAAGAUCCUUGGUAGCACGCCGUUCCUGACUGCGGGUGGCUGGAAUGACACCAAUGUCAGGGGUCUUGUGGAGUCGAGCCAGUAUGAUGCUGUCGUUAUGGGGAGAUGGUUCACCAGUAAUCCAGACCUUCCACAGAGGCUGUUGGAAGGGAGGCCACUGCGACAGUACGAGCGGGAGCGAUUCUAUGGGCCCUUUCAAGACCGAGAGCGUGGAUAUACAGACUACGAUCCGUGGUGUCAAAACGAAUCAUAAGGGACUACGAGUCAAGCGGAACAAGAUUGGUUCAUCGGGGUCAAAUCUAACGUA